UCACCAACCAUGGUGUCGUUUUCGAGCCUGGCCAUCCUCGGCCUAAACCUAGCCGCACGAGUAUCUUCAACCAUUCUUCAGAAUGGCCAAGUAAGAAAGACCAAUUUCCCAGAUACUCGAAUUAAUCCGGCAGACUACUCGUUUACGACGUACCCGGCCAAUGCCACCGAGAUCUCGUACAAAGGGCGGUGGGACUCGAAACAUGUCUCCUGGUGGUCAGCCCCCGGUAUCAAGUUUGGCUAUACCGGAAAGACAGUAGCCAUCACCUUUGGCAACCUGACGGAUAAUGGCGUUCUCGUCGGCUAUCGCAUUGGAGGGCUCGACUGGAUGUUCACCAACAUUACAGCAGGGGCUACUCACCUCCUCGUGAGCCCAGAAACGCCGGGUUCAAAUGAGACAGGCCCAAUCAACCCGUGGACGUUUGAGAUGCGGGUGUCGAAUUGGGCAUACGGCGUGCAAAUCGACUCCGUUCACGUUGCCGCCGGGGAGAAGCUGGUCAAGAUCCCGGAUUUUGGCCGCCGGAUCGAGGUAAUUGGCGAUAGCCUCGCCGCGGGCAUGUACACGACGUACGAAGGGUUGUCAAGUUGGGCCUACGGCCUGGGAGCUGGCCUGGGCAACACCGAGUUCACGGUGACUGCGUAUCCCGGAAUUUGCGCCGCAGACCAGGAUUGUUGGGGAAACCCUCGUGGACAGGUACACCAGUGGUUUUAUACUUCUGAUACGAGCUACCGUGCUUCGGUGAUACAUGGCGACGACCCAGAGCCCUGGGACUUUGCGAAACACCCAGCUGCAGACAUUGUCGUCAUCAACAUCGGCACGAACGACAGGAAUGAGGCGAACAAUGUUUCGACAGAGGCCUACAUCGAUGCGUUGACAAAGAUCAUUGAGGGCAUCCACGGCAAGUGGCCGAAGGCCCAGGUCAUAGUCAUGUCUCUCUGGCUCGGAUUCUACCAGAGCGGGAACACCUACCUCCCCAAUGCGCCAGAUGGCUGGGUCAAGGAAAUCUAUGACAUGGUUCGGUGGUUCAACUCGGACGACUACCUCCGCAACCCAAUUAUUUACGACGGCGUCACCAAAAAGACAUCAAGAACCGGAAAACGGGCAAAGCCCUUUGUCCACUACUUCAACACGACAGGCAUCAUGCAACACAACGACAUUGGCCCGCUGUGGCACCCGACUGAUGUAGGCGCCGUCAAGGUGGCCAGUCACCUGCAGCAGUUCAUUCGUAUCAAGUUCGGGUGGGACUUUUAUGCCACCGGCCCGGAGAUAUUCCACGAGACCCUGUACUGGAAUGACGAGCCGAACUACUAAUGAAGCUUACGAUAGCCAGUCGGACAUGGACCAAGGAGUGGAAAUGGCGCACUUGUCAGUGCCAAUGCCCGGAAUCGUAAUAGCCAGGGUUGAGUGGCACGUCAAUGGUGCCGCUGGAGGCAGCGGAGAUGCCCAAAGCUUGGGGAUUAGAUGCUUCCGUCCUCUUUGUGUUUGACCAGUUAGAUGAGAUAGGAACCAGAGCGAACCAACACCC